AAGUUUCAUAAGGUUAUGUAUGUUAUGUUUUCGUUUUCAUUUUGUAGGUUUUGUUAUGACUGUGUGGAAAGUUCAAUAAUGUAAUACUUGCAAGAAAGUAGUACGUCUAAUAUUGUUUCCUGUGAAAAAAAGUAAAAUGAACAAAAUUAAAAUUGAGGCAUCUGAACAUGGAAAUCAAAAUGAAGCAGAGAGUCAAUUAUUGGACUUGGCAAAGUCUCAAGCACAGGGAAUCUCUGAUGAGGAUAUCAAGGCACAUAUUCCUGAUAUACCCAUAACUGAACUGGUCGCUAUAAUCAACAAGUGCUUGAGUAAGGGAACACUAGAACUAUUCAAAAAAAAUGGCAAACCAUACUACAAAUACAAGAACCCUUCAAAAAAAAGCACACCAAAAGGAACUGACAAUGAGGAAAAAGUAGUUUACAAAAUUAUAGAAGAAGCAGGCAAUAUAGGAAUAUGGAUAAGGGCAAUCAGGGUUGCCUCAAAUUUAAACGCCAUACAACUAAAUAAAGUUGUGAAAAGUUUAGAAAUGAAGAAACUCAUAAAAGCUGUUAAAUCUGUAUCAGAGAGUAAGAAGAAAGUAUAUAUGCUCUAUGAUUUGGAACCUGAUCGUUCAGUCACAGGGGGCUCAUGGUAUCAAGGUCAUGACUUUGAAUCAGAAUUUGUUGAUGUCCUAAAUCAACAAUGUCACCGUUUCCUAGUAGAAAAAUGGGAGGAAGCGAAGAAAUUCGGUGGAGGUCCACUGUUGAUAAAAAACCGAAGUUACGCCACUGCAAGUGAUGUUCACAAGUUCAUUUCGGAACUAGGAAUCAGUAAAGUCUCGCUAACAGUAGAUGAUAUUGAAAGUAUAUUAUACACAGUUGUUUUGGAUAACAAUGCAGAGAGAAUUGUAGCUACAAACGGAUCCUACUUGUACAAAGCUGUGAACCGAUUUAUUUCAGCAACAGGUCUGGUUCAAGCCUCAUGCGGUAUUUGUCCUUUGGCCAACAGAUGUGCUGAUACAGGACUAGUUAAUCCUAAGGCAUGUACUUAUUUCACCGAUUGGUUAAACCAAUAAAAAUAUUCACUACAA